AUGUCCACUUCAACCGAUGCGAAGCGAGUCUUUGUCGCCGUCACGAACCUACACCCGCUUCACGUUGCUUCAUGGGACUCGCCUGAUAAAGUAUUCCAACACGCGCUGAAGCUACUCCAGAAUACCGGGCUCGUCGCAACAGAGAAUCCAGAUUAUCAGUUCAUAGCUAAAGAAAGAUAUAACAAGAUCUUCUUUAUAUACGACAUUGGCAACGUUAAUUUCAGGCUAGCAACCGCACAUCUGCCUGGCGACAAUGACCUCCCAGUUCUUUGUGUCACCUUGGGCAAGGAGGAACAUGUUCAAGCAGCCAGCCGGCCUGUUGAGAAUCAAGUCAAUCUGAGAUUGCGAGAAAUAUAUGAGUGUCACGGCUAUGACGCACAUCCGCCCUUCUCAAUUGACCACGCCAACGGCAAUAUCCCAACCUACACAAGCCCCCGAACGCUCUCGCAUAGUUACACGCCAGUUCUUGAAAAUGUCAAAACCACGAUUCAAGCUCCUGCUAUGAGUGUCAAAUGCACACAUCUUUACAGCCAAAGGGUCCAGUCGAAACCAAGCCAGGUCAGAUUUGCUGCACCACCACCAUACGACUGUAAACCUCUUGGGCAGUUGAAAGCCUUCAACGGGUGA